GGCAAGUAGGAAAAGAUCCGCAGCAUGGACUGCGUGAAUUUAUUGUGCAUUUUAUUCUGUGCAUUUGGGACAAUUUAUGCAAUUGGUGAAUAUGUGAUUGUGGAAGACAUAACGUCAGAUAAUUUCGAAAGUCAACUAAACGAUGAUUUUCCGGAGACGUUGGAAUUGAACGUCAAGCGCGGCUUGACGUCUAACGUCAAACUUACAUUGAUUGAGAACAAACGCCUGAAUCACAAUGCACCGAUGUACGAGGUUAAAUCUGUAAAUGGUCAACAUUUGCUGAAGCAGCUUAACAUCUCCCCAUUGAAGGAGACGAAAUUCUACCAGGACAAAGAGAAAGCUGGGUCGUUCAUGGUGUCGUGUCAACGUCGCAGCAACGGCGCAUGCGUGCUACGCGUUGUAAGUAAAAUUGUCUGA